UCAACUGCUUUUUGCUUGCUGCUGCUGCUGCCGCGCUUCCAUUCGUGACCGAGUGACCCUCCCCAGAACCCGUGAACCAAGACAAGCACAGAAGACACGACACACACCGAAAGAAGAGCCGAUGCCGAUACCUGUCUGGACCCUCCCUUACCGUAGCUGUCUUACCUGAACCUCCCGGCUUUACCCUUCCUCCACUUGACCUACCUUACCCUUGGGCCUUACCUUACCUUACCUUACCUGACUGUACGGAUACUUCCUCCAGGUCCCGGCCAGUACACUACUUAUUAAGAUAACCUUCACCCCCUCCUUUUGGCGCGUUUCCUACCUUACCCUCUUGCUCCACUGUACCUCAUGCUUUUCAGACUGCGUCCUGUUGUUUCCAUCGCCAGAAGCAGCUUUCCCUUACGACGAUUCAACUCCACAUCUACAAUGGCUUCCCUCGGCGUAGAGAAGAAGCACAAGGUGACGGUCGUGGGCUCCGGUAACUGGGGCUCGACUAUUUCCAAGAUCGUCGCCGAAAACACAAAGGCCUUCCCCGAUCUCUUUGAAGAAGAUGUGCACAUGUGGGUGUACGAGGAGGACGUCACCCUCGACUCGACAUCCCCUUACUACGAUGCCUCCCUCGGCGAGAAGCCCCAAAAGUUGACCACCGUCAUCAACAAAUACCAUGAAAACACAAAAUACCUGCCUGGUAUCAAGCUCCCCCACAACAUCAUCGCAAACCCCUCCCUGCAGGACGCCGUCAAGGAUUCCACCAUCCUGAUCUUCAACCUGCCCCACCAGUUUAUCGGCAAUGUCUGCAAGCAGCUCAACGGCCACAUCCUGCCCUUUGCUCGCGGCAUCUCCUGCAUCAAAGGCGUCAACGUCUCCGACGACGGCGUCUCCCUCUUCUCCGAAUGGAUCGGUGAUGGCCUCGGCAUCUAUUGCGGUGCCCUCUCCGGUGCCAACAUUGCCUCCGAAAUCGCCGCCGAGAAGUGGUCCGAGACCACCGUCGCCUACGACCCUCCGCCCAUGGAUAACUCGCGCGCCCCGACCCCGCGUGCCACCUCACCGAACCCCAACGCCAACGGCGGCAACGGCCUCGCGCCCCUGACACCCGUCGACAUGCAGCACAAGGACGCCCGCGGCCGCACCUCCAAGACGAAGCUCACCGCCGUGCCCGCCGAGUACCCUCCCCUGGACCACCAGAUCUUCAAGCACCUCUUCCACCGCCCCUACUUCCACGUCCGCAUGGUCUCCGACGUCGCUGGUGUCUCUCUGGGCGGCGCCCUGAAGAACAUUGUCGCGCUUGCUGCCGGCUUCGUCGACGGCCGCGGCUGGGGUGACAACGCCAAGGCCGCCAUCAUGCGCGUGGGUCUGCUAGAGAUGGUCAACUUUGGAAAGGAGUUCUUUGGCCAGACGGUGCACACGGGGACGUUUACCGAGGAGUCGGCCGGCGUGGCGGAUCUGAUUACCUCGUGCAGCGGUGGCAGAAACUUCAAGUGCGCCAGGAUGGCCGUGGCCGAGGGGCUGAGCGUGCAGGAGAUUGAGAAGCGCGAGUUGAACGGCCAGCUGCUUCAGGGUACGAGCACGGCGCAAGAGGUCAACAGCUUUUUGAAGGCGAGGGGCCAGGAGAAGCACUACCCUCUCUUCACCGCCGUGCACGGCAUUCUCGAGGGACGAUACAGUGUCGAUGAUAUCCCGACCUUGGUGUCUGCUUCGGAGAAUUGAGGACUAUGUGGUGGGAAUCUGAGAUCGUCAAAAAGAAGCAUGGAUAAUACGGAACAUUAUUGGUCGUUGACGGAAAGAGGUACGAUGGCACGUUGGUGUGUUUGUGUUUGUGUGUGGGGGGGGUAUGAUGCAGAGGCCCGGAGUCUUGGGUUUUUGGUUUUUGAAAGACAUAUGUUGAUAUCCCUGGAUCAUUUACCGCAGUGGCAUGGUGUGAAGGAACGUAUUUAGACAGGUUAAGCAAGGACGCACAUUGUUCUGGUCAAUCUUGUGGUCCCUAGUAUCCUAUGCGCUAUCGAGUGAAUCAUCCAUCCUCCGUCUUCUCCUCUAGAUACCCCUCCAAGUCCAUUCCUGUCACCAGCCAGCAGGCGCCCGUCUAGGUCGACGGAUCAGGUCAAACUGGCUGGGUGGUGAAGUGCUUCAUGGUCGACAAUAGAAAAUUC